UGGUUCAAAACAUUUAUUCAAACAAGAUCAAAAACGCGCGACAGUCGUUUGCGGCGACGCACAUCGAAUUACGGAAAUCUUUUUUUUUUACACUUAUCCAGAAUAGUAAUUCUGUAAUUUCGAAAGAUAAGUGUGGUGGAAUACAUCGUUUAGAAAUAAAUCCAGCAAGUUGAGAGUUCCCUGCGAAAACUUUGGACUUUUUGUCUAAACUUUAACCAGAGCCAUGGGUGAACUAGGAGCGAAGUUGGGGCUUGAUGAGCUGACUGGUGGAGCGGCCGGCAUCAGCAGGGCUCUCCUCGCUGAGUUUAUUGGUAACCUAUUACUGAACCUGUUUGGUUGCGGUGCGUGCAUCAACAUCUCGCAAGGAACCAACGCUGCACCAGACAUCGUGCUCAUCGCCCUUGCCUUCGGUCUAGCGGUCUACGCCAGUGUCUCGGCGAUAGGUCACAUCUCAGGCGGUCACAUCAACCCAGCAGUAACGUUAGGUCUCGCAUCAGCUGGUCGCGUGAAGCCUGCUCGCGCGGUACUAUACAUCAUCGCGCAAUGCGCCGGUGCUGCUGCCGGCUCGGGCUUGCUGAAGGCGCUGACUCCUGAGCGCGCGGCCGGCAAGCUCGGUGUCACCGGCCUCGGGACCGACGUCACUCAGCUGCAAGGCUUCGGCAUCGAGUUCUUCCUUGGAUUUGUGCUUAUCUUCGUCGUUUGUGGGGUAUGCGACCCGAACAAGCCGGAUAGCAAAGCCACAGCUCCCCUCGCUAUUGGAUUGACAGUGACGCUGGGUCACUUACUCGCAGUAGACUACACCGGCUCUGCAAUGAACCCUGCCCGCUCCUUCGGCUCUGCUCUCGUCGCUAACGAAUGGGCUGACCAUUGGGUCUACUGGGCGGGCCCGAUCGCUGGCGGCAUCGCGGCCGCGUUGUUGUACGUGCAUGGCUUCUCCGCACCGCCCGUCGAGACCCCACCCCGCUACCGUGCCGUUGCCGGAGACGAGAAGGAGCUGAAGCGGUUGGACGGUAAAGGCGACGACAUGGCUUGAGAGCGGCGGCCGGCCCCCGCGGCCGGGCUGUCGGUGCCGCGCGACACGCGGCCCGGGCCCACUCCCCUCACCAACACCACCUACCUACUAAUACAAAACAAACGACAGCUUUAAGUGUUCAAAAGCUGAACUAUUACUAUAGUGACCACUUUGAAGACCUCUAAUGAUAGCGAACAAAUAAUAAUAAGAAAUCUAAUAUUUGGAAUCUUAUUUCACGCAUCCGAUAAGUUGCACAAGUCUCGUGGCCAUUCGCGUUACUCAGCAGAGUACAUCGUGGAGUGGACUAGUGCUAGAGACCUGUUUAUAUUAAACCCUCAACCACACGACCAGUUAUAGUGCCCAUAGUUAUAAACAUUGUAAAUAUCUUUACAUCAUAUUUAUGCAACCAUAUUAAGCUUAAUCUUCUCAAUAAUUCAGUGACAUCACAUUUUGAUAUCCGCCCCAUAUUUUAAAAUUAAGUUUGACGUUUUCAUGUUUGAAGUUGACUCUAAUUAAAAUUUUAUACUAUUUGAUAUUUGAGAUUAUAUAUCUUUUUAAAAUUUAUGCAUACUUAGACGCGAGGGAGCAUAAUUAUAAAUCUUUCGAAAAAUCUCACUCUGUGUAGCUCCCUUGUUUAGUGUAGCUUAAAAUAAUACGUAAGUGUAUAAUUAAAAUUAUAUCUGUUUUACCGCACAUCGACUUACAUUCGCUUUUCAUUGUACUGUAAUGCUGAAGAGCCUAGAAGUGCAUAAAUGUGUAAUGUAAGUCUUUGUGUCAAAACGAAUAUGAAUAUAUAGUACAUAAGUAGAACCUAACGAGUUUCAAACCGAAGUGUUCAAAAAUAUACCAACUUGAGAUAUUGAAUGAAAUUAUUUUGUAACUGAUUUGUGCGAAUGUCAAAUUAAUAGAUAGGCAUUUUAAUAUAAUUAUGAAUGUAAACGUUUUGUCUUGAUAAUUUAUGAUAAAUAAAUAUGAUAUUAUUUUA